UUGACUCUUUGUUUACUUAUCACUAGACGAACAGCUACCAAAGUCAUUGAGUCCACCUCCGCCUCUGGUCUCUAGUCGACGACACCGACAAAGCGUCCUCCUCCGGCCUCCAGCAGCUUCCGCCUCCCCCUUUUUUCAGGUUGUUUACAGGCUCCCAUUUGUUAUUUAAUUGACAGAGAUUAAAGAGAGUUCAGUUACAUAAUGUCUCUGAUGGAAGGUGUACAACACUUAAAAAUUCCACUCGAAGACAUAAAGUUAGCGACCAAUAACUUUGGCGAUGAUAAUUUCAUUGCACGAGGUGGAUUUGGGAAAGUCUACAAAGGCGAAAUCACCCUAUCUGGAACCCCUAUCACCGUUGCUAUAAAGAGGUUGGACCGGUCAUUGGGACAAGGAGACCGAGAGUUCUUGAUGGAAAUUCAGAUGCUUUCGUGCUAUAAACACAAAAACCUCAUCUCUCUUAUCGGGUUUUGUGAUGAGGGUAAAGAAAAUAUCCUCGUAUAUGAGCAUGCAAAAAAUGGAAGCCUUGACAGAUAUCUAAGCGACUCCAACCUCUCCUGGAUACAACGUCUCCAAAUAAGCCUUGGUGCAGCUCGUGGCUUUAAUUACCUUCAUAAUGAUGUGGGACCCCAACAUAGAGUCAUGCAUCGGGAUAUAAAGAGCUCCAACAUCCUCCUAAAUGAGAAUUGGGAAGCAAAAAUAUCCGAUUUUGGAUUGUCAAAAAUAGGCCCUUCAAAUGUGGAGUUCACUUUUCUUGUCACUAAUGCUUGUGGCACCUUCGGCUAUGUUGAUCCAGAAUAUAUAAGAACGGGAAUUCUAACAAAGGAGUCCGACGUGUAUUCAUUUGGAGUAGUGCUAUUUGAAAUAUUAUGUGGAAGGUUGGCACUUGUUGAAAGAUACCGAGACGAACGUCGUGCUCUUUCUUCAUUGGCAAAAGUGUAUUGUGAAGACAACCGAAUAGAAGAGAUCGUUGAUCUCAAUCUCAUGAAUCAAAUGAAAGUUGGUUCAUUAAAGUUGUUCUCAAAGGUUGCAUAUGAAUGUUUGAGAGAAAAUCGAAGCCAACGUCCAACGAUGGGUUGGAUUGUUGAAAACCUUGAGAGGGCAUUGGAGCUUCAAGAUUCUAGCAAAUCAUUUAUUCGGGUAGGAACUUGGGGAAGAACAAGUGGAGAUCCUCAAAAUAACUGGUCAUUUGAACUUGACAAAGGCCAUAACCUUGUGAAGAUAACUAUUGACCAUGGUGAUGGAAUAUACUCUCUUAUGUUCACCGGUGAAUCUAAAGGUAUUUUGCAUGAUUCCGACAAGUGUGGUGGUUUGGCCGGUGGAGAAACAGUUUCCGAGGUAAUAUUCGAAGGUGAUGAGGAAAUAAUCGGCAUUAAUGGAACCAUUGGUUCUCGAGAUGGUUUUACAAUAAUUUCGUCACUAUCCUUUCAGACGAACAAACGGGCCCAUGGACCUUUUGGUCGAGUAACAAAAACUGUUUUCUCUAUACCAUGGGAAAGAGGCGCGUUAGUUGGGUUUUAUGGGCUUGCUAGUUAUUACAUUGAUAGUAUUGGUAUAUAUGUUAAACCUAAUGAGGAAGUCGUCAGGGUUGGAAAAUGGGGAACAACUUACCCUGGAAGUCCACAUAACAUCUGGGAUCUACCACUAGAGAACAAUCAACAUUUGACGAAAAUAACCAUUAAUCAUGGCGAUAGCAUAAACUUUCUCAUCUUCACCACAAAAUAUAGAAGCGUAACACACACCAAAACGACUGAAAUACUUGAUUGGAAUCUUUAUGAAACAGUUUCCGAGAUAAUAUUUGAUUAUAAUGAGGAAAUAAAUUCCAUCAGCGGAACAAUUGGGUUAGCAAGCAACGGUUACACAGUAAUAAGGUCAAUCUCAUUUGGAACAAACAAAAAAACCCAUGGACCUUAUGGUACUGUAAGAGGGGAGCAUUUCACGGUAUCAUUUGAGGAUGGUUCUUUUGCAGGAUUUUAUGGCCUUGCGGGCGGUCAUAUUGAUAGUAUUGGUGUCUACUUGAAGACUAUAGUAUGAGACAAGGGAAAAAUAUAUUUAUGUUUUUAUUAGAUUCAUGUGUUGGUAAUUUUAAUAACCAAAAAUAUAAAUGCGGAAACAUAAACUUUGGAUCUUUA